AUGCCUCACACGGAGCUUGAAUACCCCAAAGAGCCAUAUGGCACCGUCAAGCGGUACAGCCCCCGUGCGUCGUACGCCCUCCGCACAAUCCACACAAUCAUAAACACCAGCCCCAUCCUUCACGUCUCCUUCAACGCUCCCGGCUCCCCGUUCCCUACUAUUCUUCCCAUGCUCGGGCAGAUGGGCUCCUUCGCCCGCCCCUCCGCCGACGAGGCCUCCGUCCUCGAUCUCUACCUGCACGGCUACGUCUCUUCUCGCAUCAUGAACACCUCGCGCCAGUCCACGUCCGAGACCCCGGGCCUCCCCGUCUGCGUCGCGGCAUCCCACCUCGACGGCCUCGUCCUCGCCCUGACCCCGAACUCGCACAGCUAUAACUACCGCUCCGCCGUGCUCUUCGGCCACGCCUCUGUCGUCGAGGACCCGGACGAGCGGCUGUACGCCAUGCAGCUCAUCACCGACGGCGUCGUACCCGGUCGGUGGGAGAACACCCGCGUGCCGCCCAACCGGGCCGAGAUGUCCUCGACGAGCGUGUUGAAGGUCAAGAUCGCGACGGGGAGCGCCAAGAUCCGCGAGGGCCCGCCGGGGGACGAGAAGCACGACAAGGAAAACGGCGAGGUUGUCGGAAGGGUGUGGACCGGCGUUGUGCCGGUAUACCAGACGUUCGGGCAGCCGGUGCCGGGGCCGUACAAUGAAGUGGACGGGGUUCCUGGGUACUUGAAGGGUUUUGUAGAGGAUUCGAAUGGAUGGGCGAGAGAGGCGGCUGUUGAGGCGGCUACAAAAAUUGUGGUCAAGAAGAGUGAUAACGAUGAGUGA